UGUUCGGUGUGUUGCUGUCGCUGUUGGAAGAACUCUGUCUGUGCAUCGGCGGGAGUAGCUAACCAGGCGAGAACCAGAGUUAGUUAGAGAACCGGACUUAACGGCUGGCGUGCAUUAGUGUCAAGCAUGGCCUAACUGGUGAUGGUUCAACGCCGCCUACAUGUUUAUUACCUACCGAGCAACUCGUUCCAGUAGCCAUGCGUGACACAGCAGCCUCUAAUGAGCAGUCUCUCCAGUUUGGCCCCAAGGGUGCAGCUUCCCAGAUGAUGGCUCAAACCUUAGCCUGCCAAAUAAGGUUUCAGUGUCCACCUGACUGUUCAUGUUCAGUAAUAAGUGUAGUGGCCUCAAGAUGGUGUGGUGGGUUGUCAAACUAGUGGUUUGGGCAGAUGUUCUUAAUUUAGUGAAGAUUUCCUUCUGGCUGAUUGAGAAUGGCUUCACUGUGCUGAUUGCUGCAUGUGAUACUUUUCGGGCGGGUGCAGUGGAGCAGCUGUGGAAACACCAACAACGGCUCAACUCCCUGCACCCACCAGAACAGCAUGGAGGUCGCACUGCCAUCCAACUGUUUGAGAAGGGUUAUGGCAAGGAUGCUGCUUGUCUUGCAAGGGAAGCUAUUGCAUAUGCUCGUAAACACAGUUUUGAUGUUGUUCUGGUUGACACGGCUGGGCGUAUGCAGGAUAACGCCCCACUGAUGACUGCUCUGGCUAAGCUUAUAGCUGUCAAUACCCCAGACCUGGUGCUGUUUGUAGGAGAGGCCCUGGUGGGCAAUGUGGCUGUGGAUCAGCUGGUUAAAUUUAAACAGGCACUGGCAGAUUGCUCUGUCUGAUCACCCAAAACUGCAUUGUUCUCACCAAGUUUGACACUAUUGAUGACAAAGUUGGUGCUGCAAUUUCCAUGACCUACACCACAGGUCAGCCCAUUGUUUUUGUGGGUACUGGACAAACAUACAGUGACCUGCGCAGCCUCAACGCCCAAGCUGCAGUGAAUGCGCUUAUGACGGCCUGAUAGCCUACUGAUUUAUGCCACAGCACUGGUUCUGAAUAGCUGGUAUAACACUCCUAGUUGUCCUUCCAACCAAGGAACAAUUUUUUUCAGAUGAUUGAUCCCUGAAGUUUCAGCCUUUGUUGCUGAAUUGUCUUACAAAAUGCUCUUUAACAUAGAUUGGCUUAUAGUUCUGUUGAAUUUAUUGAUGGAGUUCUGACUGAAAAGCCUCAACUCUUAUCUAGACUCUCUUAACAGGCCUCUCUGUUCCCCAAGAACAUGAAUAUAAUGAAAGAUAUAACCUUCAGAUCAGGUAAAUUCAGCACUUACAUUUGAGGUUUUUAUAUCCACUAGAGGGAAAUAAUGAAAUGUUUUCAGAGGUUUAAAUGUGACUAAGGUGUUACAAGGUCAUUUGACAUGGAGUAGCUCCAGGACCAAACCCACUGUAGUGGGGUGACUGCCUUGCUUUCAUAGCCAGCUGACACCAGUGCUUAUGAAAAUCCCACCACUGCUAAUGCCAGCCUUCAUUCCAGUCUGUUUAUUACAGCAUUCAAAUCUUCACUCUUUCACACAUAGAUGAGCUUUAUUCAGUCUGGGAAAUGGAACAUGUCUUUAUUUUUGGCAAAUUGAAAAAACAUCAUUAUUUCUGUACUUUGUCCUUUUUUUUCUUGCUCUGUAUAGCAGGGCAGCCCAAGUAUUCCUCUGUCUUGCUAUCUGUCUCAAAUUCAGUUCCAUGAUGCAUUUCAAUGCAUUGUGUCUACAUUUCUUUUUGGUACAUUGCAGCUGGGUUUUUAAAUAUACAGGUUGAGUCAAAAGUCACAGGACCUUUUAUUUUUUUAUGCUGUCACAAGCCUCCACGAUGUGGUGUUGAUGAUGGUGUUUGUUGCGGAUUUUCUCAGCAUACACAAUUUGUUUGUGAUGACCCCAGAGAAGUCGAUGAUAAAAUAAAAAAUAAUAAAAUGUGUGCUGUGACUUUUGACUUGCCCUAUAGACAAACCAGCCAUACAUCUUAGCCUUUUUGCUCCAAAUGCCAUCUUUCCCAACUUCCAGUAAUGCACAAAUGAUCCAUUUGAAUGUUUAGCCUCAUUAGGCCUUCACGUGUAAUUUGAAAGGCAUUUCUAUCUAAAUAGAUAUGAAUUGCAGGAUUUUUCGAAGGCCAGCACUGCUACUACAACCCUUAGUCCCAAAAUUGGGACACUGUGCUAAAUGUAAAUAAAAAUGGAAUGCAAUGAUGUGUAAAUGUUUUAAACCCUAUAUUUGAUUUAAAAUAUAUGUUGAAACUGAGAAAUUAAAACAUAUAUGCCUAUUUUGAUACCAGCAAUAAGUUUCAAAUAAGUCAGGAUGGGGGGCUUUUUUUACCAUUGUGCUGUUUCACCUCUUCUUUUAACAACCCUUUGUAAGCAUUUGGGAACUGAGGAGACCAAUUGAUGUUUAGGGGUCUCCUUUGUUCUAUUUUUCAUUUCAUAAUGCGCAAAUGUUUUCAGUGGGUGACAAGUCUGGACUGCAGCCGUUAAGCACCAAGACUCUUGUACUACAGAGUCAUGCUGUUGUAAUAUGUGCAAAAUGUGGUUUGUCUUGCUGAAAUAAGCAAGGCCUUCCUUGAAAAAAACAUCUAGAUGGCAGCAUGUUACUCCUGUAUAUGUCAUUUAAUAUUAAUGGUGCUUUCACAGAUGUGCAAGUCAACCAUGCCAUGUUCACUAAGGCCCCGCAAACCAUCAUGGAUGCUGGCUUUUGGACUGUACACUGAUAAGAUGAAUAGUCCCUCUUGUCUUUAGCCCGGAGGACACAGUGUCCAUAAUUUCCAAAAAGAAUUUCAAAUUUUGAUUUGUUGGAACACAGGAUACACUUUGACUCAGACCAUCUUAAAUGAGCUUGAGCCAGAACAG